AUGGAGAAUAUCCGUCUAAGCUCCGAAGAAGCUCUCCGUCGGCGACGACAGCAGCAGCAGCAGCCGCAACUGGCACCCCCCACCAAACGACCCCUCGCCGACACCACCAACCAUCCCGUGAAACGCAUGAACAACGGCCAGAAGAUGCUGGACAUAGCGCCAGACUGGGGCGGCAAUGAGAUUACGCCCUCGCCUUCGCUGACGGGAGGUAUCCCUGCUGCGUCGACGCAGAUGCCGCCACCAACAUCGACGCCGGCGGGAUACAGGGACACGGCGAAUCCGUUGUCACUGUCGAAUCCGAUGUGGGGGUUGAAGAGGGAGGUUGUUCUUGGCCUUGGGGCCUGCGGGAUAGCAACCAUGUAUCCGUGGCAGCUGGCAUGUCUGUCGUUGCCGGGAUUGUUAGCGGGCGAGAAGAAUUUGGUGUAUACGGCACCGACGUCGGCGGGGAAGUCACUGGUUGCGGACGUAUUAAUGAUCAGGAAGCUGGUGAUUGAGCGAAAGAAGGCCAUCGUGGUCGUGCCGUACAUUGCAAUCGUUCAAGAGAAGACAAAAUUCCUCAAGAAGGUAUUGGAGAAGGUAAAGGUGCAGAGUGAACCGCGAGGCGAGUGGGAUAAGACCAGGCACUGGAGGGGAUUGAACAUUGUUGGUUUCCACUCUGGCACCAGAUCCAGGUUGGGCUGGGAGGAGAUUGAUGUGGCCGUGUGUACGAUCGAGAAGGCCAACGCUCUCGUCAACGCCUCCAUCGAAUCCCGCACCAUCGACACCCUCGGUAUCAUCGUCUUUGACGAGCUGCACAUGCUCUCAGACCCGCACCGCGGUCACAUCCUCGAGCUCCUCGCCACUAAGAUUCUCUGUCUCACCGAUGAACACAUACAGAUUGUCGGCAUGUCCGCAACACUGUCCAACACCGCCGUUGUCGCUAAAUGGCUGCAGGCCGAGUGCUACGAGUGCACAUACCGCCCCAUCCCGCUACAGGAACAUCUGGUCUAUGACAAUAGCAUCUACAAUGCGAAGAUGCAGCUGACAGCACAUAUCCCGCCGUCAGAGCUCAAGGAGCUGAAGGACCCGGUGACUAAUGCGGUCGUGGCGCUGGUGUAUGCGUGUGUCAAGGAGGGGAAUGGCGUGCUGGUAUUUUGUGAGAGUAGGAAGCGGUGUGAGGAUUUGGCGCUGCUGCUGAUGAAGUUUAUGCCACGUCCUAAUGCAGAGACGAGGGAGAAGCGGUCGGAGUUUAUUAGUGAUCUUACGGCGACAAGUGCUGGGCUGGAUAUUGUGUUGGAGAAGACAGCCCCCUCCGGCGUCGCUUUUCACCAUGCUGGCCUCACGACCGAGGAGAAGGAUCUAAUUGCGGGAGCAUACGACCAGGGGCUUCUUAAAGUGAUCUGUUGCACUGCAACUAUGGCAGCAGGCGUGAAUCUACCUGCAAGGAGAGUUAUCAUAUCACCGCGUAUGGGCCGUGAUUUUAUAACGCCUGCUAUGCUGCGGCAGAUGAAAGGACGAGCUGGGAGAAAGGGGAAGGAUACGGUGGGGGAGAACUUUGUAGUCUGUCGGAGGGAGGACCUGGAGGCGGUUAGGGCGAUUAUGGACGCGGAUAUGCCGAGUGCUAACAGUUGCCUUACUGGGGAGAGUGAGGGUCUAAGACGCGCUCUCCUCGAAGGUAUUGCGACCAAACUCGCCACCUCCGCCGACUCCCUCGAUGACUUCCUCCGUUGCACCCUCCUCUUCCACACAACACCCACUCCAAUCGCUACCCUCCGCCCCCUCAUCAACACAGCCAUCACCUCCCUCACCACCUCCAAUCUCAUCACCGUACACCCCUCCACAUCCUACUUCUCCGCGACACCUCCCGGUCUCGCCACCGUCGCCGCCGGCCUCGGCCCCGACGAAGGCCUCUUCCUCCACGAGGAGCUCUCCCGCGCCCUCAAAGCCUUCAACCUCGAGUCCGACCUCCACAUCAUCUACCACUUCACCCCAAUUCACUCCACAUCCACCUCCAGCAUCACAAUCGACUGGAAGCUCCUCCGCGACGACCUCGACACCCUCUCAGAGUCUAACCUCCGCGCCGCCGCCUUUGUUGGCGUUAACCCAGCAUUCGUAAACCGCAUGGCCCAGGGCGGCACACUAAAGGAGGACACGCCUGCAAAUAUAGAGAAGGCGAGGGUCUAUCGGCGCUUCUACGUCGCGCUAAUGCUGCGCCAGCUCAUCAACGAGCGACCCGUCCACGUCGUUGCGAAGUCGUACGACAUUGCGCGCGGGUUCGUGCAAGGGCUUUCCACGACGUGUAAGGGGUUUGCGACGACGAGCGUGACCUUCUGUAAAGUGAUGGGGUGGUCGGGGCUCGCGGUACUGCUCGAGCACUACUCCGGGAGGCUGGAUCUGGGUGUGCGCGAUGAUCUGAUGGAGCUAGCGAGGAUCCCGUUUGUCAAGAGCUGGACGGCGAGGGUGUUUCAUGAGAAUGGGCUAAAGAGUAUUACGGCGGUAGCGAACGCAGAGGUGGGCGAGUUGGUGAGGGUUUUGGGGCUGGCGAGGUGGGGGAGGGGAGGGAGCGAGGAUGAGGGCGUGAAGAAGAGGUUGGAGGAGAGGGCGGAGGUCAUUUUGAAGUGUGCGAAGAGGCUGUGGGAUCAGGAGUGUGUGGGGGAUGUGGAUGAGUAUUAUUAG